UCAAGUUUCCAUCUUUCUUGUUCCCAGGCAGGUGUCUGAUAUCUAGCAUAGGCCCUAGCACGCACAGAGACUAAACAGAUGCUGGCUUCAAACCAGAUCUGCCUUUCUUCCCUAUCUUCCACUUCCUUCCUUUUCUGAUGUCCAAACUUUCUUCCUUAGUUUUUCUUUGUUUUUUAACUUUCUUUUUUGUCUUUCCUUCUUUCCUUUUCUACCACUUUUUUUUUCUUUCCUUGUACUGUGAAUGAUCACCUCCUCUGUAAUUAUAACCAUGCUGGGUCCUAGCCACAAAAGGAUGACCAGAACAGGGACUUUGUCCUUAAGAGAAUCUCAAUCUAGUUGAGAGUCCAGCUGUCCCUUCCUCCUAAAGUGAGACCUUUACUUACCCCUCUCUGCCUUUGCUCCUCUCCUGGCAGCCUGAUCCACCUGCUCUAUGAGGAGGGACAACCUGACCUGGGAAAGUGAGUUUGUCCUCCUGGGGCUCUCCAGUGACAGGCAGACCCAGGCUGGACUGUUUGUCCUAUUUGGGGCCGUCUAUCUGCUGACCCUGCUGGGCAAUGGGCUCAUCAUCCUCCUGAUCGGACUGGAUGCACGACUGCACCUGCCUAUGUACUUCUUCCUCUGCAACCUCUCGGUGGUGGACAUUUGCUACACCUCUAGCGGCAUCCCCCAGAUGCUGGUGCACUUCCUGCUGGAAAAGAAGACCAUCUCCUUCACCCGGUGUGGGACCCAACUCUUCUUCUCACUGGCCCUGGGGGGCACUGAGUUCUUGCUGCUGGCUGCUAUGGCCUAUGACCGCUACAUGGCUAUCUGUGACCCCUUGCACUAUGUGGCAGUGAUGAGCCCAAGGUGCUGCAUUAGGCUGGCAGCUGUCUCUUGGUUUGUAGGCGUGGUGAAUUCUGUGGUGGAGACAGUGGUCACCAUGCGCCUGCCUACCUGUGGACAUCAUGUGCUGAACCAUGUGGCCUGUGAGACACUGGCAUUCGUCCGCUUGGCCUGCGUUGACAUCACCCUCAACCAGGUGGUCAUAUUGGCCUCCAGUGUGGUGGUGCUGCUGGUGCCCUGCUUCCUGGUCUCACUGUCCUAUGCCUACAUUGUGGCAGCCAUUCUACGGAUCCACUCUACAGGGGGACGCCGCAAAGCCUUUGGGACCUGUGCCUCCCACCUCACUGUGGUUUCCAUGUCUUAUGGGAUGGCCCUGGUUACCUACAUGCAGCCCUACUCCACAGCCUCGGCUGAGCAGGACAAGGUGGUGGUGCUCUUCUAUGGUGUGGUAACCCCCAUGCUGAAUCCACUCAUCUACAGUUUACGGAACAAAGAGAUGAAGGCUGCCCUGAGUCGAGUUCUGAUGAGCAGUUCUGAAUCAAAACUUUAG